GUGCGGCGCAAGUCCUUCACCCGUCUUGUUGCUGAGGUCAGCCGCAGGAGCGGAUAAGCAACCGGGAAAGGGAGCGGAGCUUGUGGAGGAAAGCAGAUAAUCGGCUCCGGUGGAAUGACGGUGAACAUCAACUCGUUGCCAAGUCAUGGAUAAAGUGCUGCCAAAAUGACACAGGAAACCCUGACAAGCUCCCAGCUGUCCAUCAAAGCCGCUGCUCUGCGCAUGGUUGACCUCCCAGUGUCCGUCUACAGCUCCCUGACACAGGUGAGCGUCAGCGCCGGCACCAAGAAGCUGGUGGCAGCCACAACCUUGGGUACCAUCUCACUCCUCUUCCUCGCUCGCCGCUUUAAAAGGAGGAAGGGCAAAAAGAAGGGUCAGUGGGACCAGGCUGCUUUCGAGUUGGUCUCCCCAGCUGCUGCAGAAAACGAUAACACCAGCCAAGACAUCAGCGUCUCCUUCAACUCCAAGAAUGGCAGCUCAGCUGGUUCUGGGCUGGUUCUCACCACCAGAGACUACAGUAAACUAUCCGGGUCUAUGAUGAGCCUGGCUUCGGUAAAAAGUGUGAACUCGUCCAGCAGCAGCACCUGUGCAAAUGAAUCCAUCAGUUGGGAAGGAGGGAGGGAUGCUGAUGUGUGCAGCGUGGUCAACUUGUCUGUUACUACACCUGAAAAUCUCUACCUUAUGGGCAUGGAUUUAUUUGAGGAGGCGCUGCAGCACUGGGAGGAGGCGCUGACGUUCAGGAGCAGACAGGGGGACGAAGACGCCAUCUGCACCUCCGUCAAAACAGGAGCUGGAGAUGCAAUUGCUGAACAGAGCAUGGAGGACGUCAUCAGCGCAGAGUUUAUCCUCAGGCUGAAGUCUCUGCUGCAGCGGGCUUAUCGCCUGCAGGAGGAGUUUGAGGGAGUGCUGGGAAUGUCGGAGCCUUCGUCCCACAGCAGCAGCCAGGAUCAAAUGGCGGACCUUCUGGCCAGAGAGGACCUGGACGACGUCUGUCUUAGAGACAGCCUCAGCAUCGCUUCAAAUGACUCUUUUGUGUCUGCAGCCGAGAUGUCGGAGCACAGAGAUCUGAGGAGCACUUUUCCUCUGGGACAUCAUCCUUUUUACGAGGAGGCGCUGCAGAUGGCCGAGGAGGGCAAGAUUUCCUGCAGGGUGCUUCGAACUGAAAUACUGGAGUGUCUCGGCGACUUGGACUUCCUGGCUAAGCUGCACUGUGUUCGGCAAGCAUGUGAGCUCAUUUUGAGCGACAGGUCGACUAGAACAUUCCUUGCUGACACUGGGAAGAAAAUCCUGUCUUCAAUAAUAGUCAAAGCUCAGAAAAGUCCAAAAAGAUUUGAAGAAGUGUUUGAGGAGUUGAUUUUCUUUCUGGAGCAAACGGAUCAUUGGGAAGACACAGAGUUGGAACUCGCUUCUAGAGGGGUUAGGCAUUUAAACUUCUAUGACGUUGUUCUGGACUUUAUCCUGAUGGAUUCCUUUGAGGACCUGGAAAAUCCUCCCAUCUCCAUCCAGAACGUGAUCAACAACCGCUGGCUUAACAGCUCCUUUAAAGAAACGGCAGUGGCAUCAAGCUGCUGGUCGGUACUGAAGCAGAAGAGACAGCACUUGAAGGUGUCCAACGGCUUCAUCGCCCAUUUCUACACGGUGUGUGAACAGAUCAGCCCAGUCCUGGCGUGGGGCUUCCUGGGCCCAAAGAGCUCUCUGCACGAGUUCUGCUGCUUCUUUAAGGACCAGGUGCUUCACUUCCUGAAGGACGUUUUUGACCUGGAUAAAGUGCGUUACUCCUCAGUGGAGACCCUGGCAGAGGACAUGCUCCAUCUCCUGCACCGGCGUUCUGAGCUGCUGUUGGCCUACCUGGGAGCCGACGCCCUGCGGCCCCUCAGUGGCUGCAGCCCCCUGCAGGUGCAGCUGGUCCCCAGCAAUUUGCUGGAGGCACAAGUACAGUAACCUGCCAAUGGGGAGUUGAAUCCACUGACUUCAACCAUCGGACCAAAGAAAGUUCCUUUCCAAACCAUGAAGUGUAAAACAGACUUGCUGUGUGCUUUGUGGGUCUGCCUUCAUCAGUGUCCUCUUUUCUCAGUGCCAUAGUAGUGAAAUAUCACUCAGCAAUAACAUUUGUACUUUUAGCCUGGGGUGUUGCGCUUUGUAAAUGAACUUCUAUUUAUUGCAGUUGCGAGCCAUUAAACACUACAGGGAAAGUAUUUGCUCAUCUGUCUGAAUAGAAAGCCAAAAGAAGCAGGGUUUAUUUCAGGUGUUGCAUUGAUCUGCAAGAGCUUCAAACAUGCAGUAGGCGUCAUCUUUAUGUAAUGUGUUCAUCUUCCUGAACACUAGCAAUGCAAUAUUAGAUUUAUAUGCUAUUUAGCACCAUUGUUGCUGUAAACUACUUGAAAAGGGAAAGUUUCCUUCUGACUGAAGAAGCUGACAGUCUGAUAUAAAACUAGUUGGGCUGUGAGCAGCUUGUGCCGGUCCCUUCUUACUGAGCACAAGAAGCCUUACCAUGAAAGCUAGUAUGUCACUGAAUAUCAGCUGAAAAACAUCUUCCUUCUGGGGAAUAUGAUUGACUGCCAUGCAGAGAAAGCUCACGUCAAAGCUUGUGUGUUGGUGUAAAUUUUUUUUUCUCCCUCACAAGUCAGAACCACCAACACCUUUGACUUAAUACAGUCACUCCAGGAUAAAAAGGGAAAACAUCAAUUUUCAAAGUAAUUUGUGAUUAGCAUCUAUUGUAACAUGUUUUAGUCAAUAUUAGCUGUUAAAAAAAGAGAUGGUGAAUAUUUAAAAUACAUUGACUGUUGUAAUAUAAUCUAAACACCAUCAAUAUCAAUUGUCACAACUUUAGACUGUUGGUAUCCAAUAUUAAAAUAUUGCCAAUAGAGAGAAAGCUGUCUGCUGUACUUGAUUCUGGCAUGUUCUUUGAGUUGAUCAUUAUCCUCAUCAAAACAGUUGGAGAGGAUUUGGUUCUGGGGGAUAAAGAGCCAUAGAAAGCAGCUUUUAACUAUUGAAAAACCUUCUGGUUAAUUCUAGCGGUAAAUUAUGGAAGAGCAUAAGGGCCACUGGGGGGAAUAAAAAAAA